UACAAACACACAUAUCUAUUUCCCUAGUGCAUCAGUACUGUAAUGUUUUUACCUCUUUACGUCUCAUUCGCAAUUCUCUACCAUUUAUUCAAAGCGCGCGCAAUAUUUUUUUAUGAGACUGAGACUGCGCCGUGGGAUUCAAAUCCACCUCUAAAGGGUUCCAGGGCAGGAGCUUAAAUUCUGGCACGUAUCCCACUUCACGCUCUGCGCGACAUUAUAUAUAGCAUCUGCCUGCCCGAAAGUCUUUCUGCUCGUCGGAGUCCGUUACAAGCACGAAGAAAUAAGCCACGAUGUACUAUCAACUCAAUAAUUUCACUCAACGGCUAAUUGGCUGUCAUGGGACUACCCCAUACUGUCCUAUCGAUUCAAUACCUGCUCGUAAAAUGUCCUCUUCUAAGACCAUUCCUGGUACCAAUGUAAAAUAUGGGCAAGUUCCACUAUCAAUGCGUUUGAAGAUGGAACGUUUCCAGCUUGCUGAUGGAGUUCCAGUUCACCUGAAAGGAGGUCCUUUGGAUAAAGUUCUCUUUACAAUAACUGUAGGUUUGUGUCUUGUAGGCUUGGGAUUGAGUGCAAAUAUGUUUUAUGGAAUGUCAUAUCCCAAGAAAGCCUAGGAAUUGCAUUCCUUACUGCAGAAAUUAGCUUACUUAGAUUGUUUUAAAUCAAGAAUCAAAAGAGGGUGCAAAAAUACAAUGCUUAGUUAAAAAAUGUUCAAUCACUAUAUUCUUCAAAAGAUACUACAGCAUUCAAUAUUCUCUGAUUUCUAUUUUCUUCAGUUCUUGUAUAUGAUGUGAAAUAAAACUGUAAAUAAAUGUUUUCUUGUAUAAAAAUAAAUAAUUUACUAAAGAGAACAACCACAUUUUGGUAUGUAUUGUAGAACCUACUUUUUGUUGUCACACGCCCAAUUAAUUUACAGAAGAUUUUAUGAUACUUUUAGAAAUGUCUUAAAACUUCAAUUGGAUGAUUAGAUUAAUCUUAAUAAUGUUAAUAUUGAGGUAAAUGACUACUUGCCCUUUAAGGAAGGAAUUUCAUUGAAAUGAUGGGUAUGUCUGAAUAUACUGUUAUCACAAUUUUCAUCACUACAUCAAAAUAAAUUAAACUUUAAAAGAUUUUUAUUUGUUUAAAAAUGAUUGAUGAAUAUUAUCUCAAUAUCUUUUUGAUAUAACUGAUAGACAAUUAUUAAAAAUCUGGUAUCUUUUAGAAUUUUUUUAAAAGCAAUAUGUGAAAUUAAUAAAUGUUUCCAAAAACAAAUUUAUUGGCAAUGAGAUAACAUAAAUAUAAUUCACAUUUUAUUAAAC